ACCUUUUUCCUCUCCAUCAAUAUCCCAUCGCCACUCGAACCAAACUCGUGGCUUACUGACUCUGACCUGAACACACAAACACAAACAGAGAUUCUGUCUGGUUUUCAUCAUGGAACCCAAUAUUUACCAACUUGCCCUCGCGGCUCUCUUCGGCGCCUCCUUCGUUGCUGUUUCAGGGUUCUUCAUGCACUUCAAGGCCCUGAAUCUCGUCCUCGAGCGUGGUAGAGAGAAGAAAGACACCAACAACAACACCGAAGGAGGAGACUCGCCGCAGCAUCAAAGUCAGAGCCUUUCGAGGCGGCGGAGCCAAGUCAGAAGGAAAGGUCUCAGCCCCGCUUCUCUUCCGGAUGCUACUCCCUUCACCGCAGCCACCGAUGGCGGCGGCGGUGAUGCAGGGCGUACCAACGGCCAUGUUUGUGUCGAUGAGAUUCCUCCUGGUUUGCCUAGGCUUCAUACUCCAUCUGAAGGGAGAUCUUCUGUACAUGGGACUAAUAGUAUCAGGAAAACUGGAAGCUUUGUUAGACCAAUCUCUCCCAAGUCUCCUGUUGCUAGUGCGAGUGCCUUUGAGAGUAUGGGAGAGUCAGAUGAUGAUGAUAAUUUGACUGAUACUGCCGGUUUGGAUGCUUCUUACUUGCAAACUAAUGGGGACUUGCCUGCGGAUGCAACUGAAGAGCAAAUAUCUAUGGCUGCUUCAAGCAUGAUUCGUUCACACAGUGUGUCUGGUGACCUACAUGGAGUUCAGCCUGAUCCUAUUGCUGCUGAUAUUCUCCGUAAAGAGCCUGAGCAAGAGACCUUUGUCCGUCUUAAUGUUCCUCUUGAGGUACCAACGUCUGAUGAGGUUGAAGCCUACAAAUGUCUUCAAGAAUGUCUUGAACUGCGGAAGAGAUAUGUCUUCCAAGAGACAGUUGCGCCAUGGGAAAAAGAAGUCAUAUCUGAUCCUAGUACCCCAAAGCCUAACUUAGAGCCAUUUGCACAUUAUCCUCAAGGAAAGUCUGAUCAUCAUUUUGAGAUGCUAGAUGGAGUAGUCCACGUGUUUCCUAAUAAAGAUGUCAAAGAAGAGCUCUUCCCUGUAGCUGAUGCCACAGCCUUUUUCACUGACUUGCACCACGUACUCAAAGUCAUAGCUGCUGGAAACAUGAGGACUCUGUGCCACCGUCGUCUAGUGCUCCUAGAACAGAAAUUUAAUCUCCAUUUGAUGCUUAAUGCGGAUAAAGAGUUCCUCGCCCAAAAAAGUGCACCGCAUCGUGAUUUCUAUAACGUUAGGAAAGUCGACACUCAUGUUCAUCAUUCAGCUUGCAUGAACCAGAAACACCUCUUAAGGUUUAUCAAGUCGAAGCUCAGGAAAGAACCUGAUGAGGUUGUCAUAUUUAGGGAUGGAACAUAUUUGACCUUAAAAGAAGUUUUUGAGAGCCUGGAUUUGACUGGAUAUGAUCUUAACGUGGACCUUUUGGAUGUUCACGCUGAUAAGAGCACCUUUCAUCGCUUUGACAAGUUCAACCUCAAGUACAAUCCAUGUGGUCAAAGUAGGCUGAGAGAAAUUUUCCUUAAACAGGAUAAUCUCAUCCAAGGUCGUUUUCUUGGUGAGAUAACAAAACAAGUUUUCUCCGACCUUGAAGCUAGCAAAUAUCAGAUGGCUGAAUACAGAAUAUCUAUAUACGGCAGAAAAAUGAGCGAGUGGGACCAACUGGCUAGUUGGAUUGUGAACAAUGAUCUAUACAGUGAGAACGUUGUCUGGUUGAUUCAGCUCCCACGCUUGUACAACAUCUACAAGGAUAUGGGUAUUGUGACAUCGUUCCAGAAUAUCCUUGACAAUAUAUUCAUUCCUCUGUUUGAAGCCACGGUGGAUCCGGAUUCGCAUCCCCAGCUCCAUGUUUUUCUGAAGCAGGUUGUUGGAUUUGAUUUGGUCGAUGAUGAAAGCAAACCUGAGAGACGUCCCACGAAACACAUGCCCACUCCAGCUCAAUGGACUAACGCAUUUAAUCCUGCCUUUUCGUACUAUGUCUACUACUGUUACGCUAAUCUCUAUGUGCUAAACAAGCUUCGGGAGUCAAAGGGCAUGACAACGAUCACACUACGGCCACAUUCUGGGGAGGCUGGUGACAUUGACCACUUGGCUGCUACAUUCCUCACAUGCCACAGCAUCGCUCAUGGAAUCAAUCUACGAAAGUCUCCUGUGCUUCAGUAUCUUUACUACCUCGCCCAGAUUGGUCUGGCCAUGUCUCCACUGAGCAACAACUCUCUGUUUCUAGACUACCACAGAAACCCGUUUCCUGUGUUUUUCUUAAGAGGUCUCAAUGUUUCCCUGUCCACGGAUGAUCCCCUUCAGAUUCACUUGACCAAAGAACCUCUCGUGGAAGAGUACAGCAUUGCUGCCUCGGUUUGGAAGCUGAGUUCGUGUGACCUGUGCGAGAUAGCUCGUAACUCAGUGUAUCAGUCAGGUUUCUCACAUGCCCUCAAGUCGCACUGGAUUGGAAAAGACUACUACAAAAGAGGACCUGAUGGAAACGACAUUCACAAAACAAAUGUACCUCACAUCAGGGUGGAGUUCCGUGACACGAUAUGGAAAGAGGAGAUGCAACAGGUUUAUUUGGGAAAGGCUGUUAUCUCUGAUGAAGUUGUUCCAUAAGAAACAGCAAUGAGAAAUAUGGCAACGUGGAGGGGAGGGGGUUUUUACACCAAGGGAGGCGUCUUCAGAAGUAUACGAUGCAGGAAGUAGAUAGGGUAAUAAAAUGAGAGUGGCUAUGUUGUGAAGGCUGCCAAAUCUAUUGUUUCUAUGAAUCGUAAUCCUUUUUUAUAUUAUUUCUAGAGCUGACUCUAAAGAGCUGCAUACGACAUUGAGGACUGUUUUUUCUCUAUAUAAAGAGAGCAUAAGAGUUGUAUCAUUUAAUUCUUGUUCAGUUUUGAAUUUUGAUUAAGACCGGUUUAUAGGUGCUGUUGAGAA